CACUCAGUCGACACUCACUCAGUUCUUUGUGGUUUUCAGUUGGAGUUUAGAUAGAACGUUUUAAGUAUUUUAAUUUUUUGAUUCUAUUGUCAAGAAAAUAUUCGUGCUGUGUGCAGUAAUUAGAACUAAACUAUAUGUUAGAAGUACGAGCAAAAUGAAACGAGCUCAACCUUCUUUUUUACAUGCUAGAGAAAACAGUGUCGACCGCAGGAUGCGGCCGCGGCCGAACUCACGGAUUAACCUGGAAACGUUGAUGUCGAACGAUAGUCAAUGUUCCUCCUCUCGAUCUUCGUCGCCAUCGCGUAGCAGCUCUCCGGUGUCGAUAGAUCGCUACGAAAGUGCACAAGAAACCGCUAAAGAUAGCGAAACUGUUAAAGUUUGUCUACGACUAAGACCAUACCAGAAGAACAAUAACUAUCGAUUAGCGUUCAGAAUUCAUGAAAACACGCUGGUGGCAAAUAAUGCCAACGAAUAUUCUGCCGAAAGGCAGUACACAUUCAGUGAGAUUUUCAACGAUCAGGUACCACAAGCGGAAGUGUAUGAUAGAUGUAUCAAAUCGGCGGUUAGAAAUAUCACAGGAAACCGAGGGGCGACAUUUGUAACAUAUGGCACUUCGGGCUCUGGAAAAACAUAUACACUUCUUGGAACAAACAAAAAUCCCGGAAUUGUGCCACGAGCAAUUGAGCAGAUUUUUGUGGAACACGCGGCGAACAUUUCACCUCAACCCAGCUUAAGGAUUGACAGAGCGUUGGUUAGCUUUCUGGACGAUGACACCAUUUACGAUGAAUUGAAAAAAGUCGAGUGUAUGAAACGAAUGCUCCAAAACAGCGAUAGUAGUCAUUCGAAGGUGAAAACGAUUAUUAGGAAAGAACAUUCGUUCCAGCCCAAAAACGACCCGGAUGUAAGAGUAUUCAUUUGGGUGUCAUUUGUCGAAAUCUACAAUGAAAAUGUGUAUGACCUGCUGGCACAGGAUUCAAUAUUUGGUAAACGUAAACCAAUGAAAAUUUUAUCAAACGAAGGAAACGCAUACAUUAAGGAUCUCUCGUGUGUGUUUGCUGGUAGCAGCGAAGAUGCGUUCAAUAUACUUCAAUUUGGGCUUCAAAGUGCUACGUACGGUUCGACAGAUGUCAACUGCAAUUCAAGUCGUUCUCAUAGUAUAUUUUCCAUAACAGUUGUUUCCUAUACCCUUGCCACACAACAUAUUAAUUACUCCGUCUACAAGUUCUGUGAUCUCGCUGGCUCUGAGCGUUUAAAGAAAACUGGCAAUUUGGGUGAUCGGCUAAAAGAAGCUCAAAAAAUCAAUACUUCGUUAAUGGUACUCGGACGGUGUUUGGAAACAGUUCACAAGAAUCAGAAAUCGAAGAAGCUAGCAGACCUAGUACCAUUUCGAGAUUCUAAGCUUACUAUGCUGAUACAAUCAUCACUACUGGGAAAGGAAAAGCUAACCAUGAUUGUAAAUCUUCACCCAACCGAAGAAUACUACGAUGAGAACAUCAACGUUUUAAACUUUUCCUCGAUUGCCAAACAAAUUGUCCUCCAAAAGAAACCGACCCAAAAGAACAACCGCGCAACACGCUACUCAUUCUUUUUGGCGCAAGCUACCAGCAGUCCGGCCUCUCGUGUCGACGGCAAUCGGUUAAUGAUGGAGAACGAAAGGUUAAAACAAGAAUUGGAACAGGAAGCUGCCGUCUUUCGUGAACAGUUGGGAGAGAAGGAAUUUGAAAUUCAGCUGCUGAAAAAAGAGUUAUUCGAGCAAGAGUUGCAGCUGCGCAACGAACUAGCGGACGAUUUCGAAUCUUACAGCGCUCAACGCGAAGCCACAUUCAAAACCCGGAUGAAGCAGGCACAAGAAGCGGCUAUUUUGCCUUACAAGCUACAGAUAACAAAUUUGAAGACUGAAAUAGAAGACUUGAAAGCUAUUAUUAGCGAUAUGGAGUAUGACGAAGACGACCUUGAAAAACAGCUGAACGCGUAUAAAAAAGAGCUUCAAAAGUAUCGUGAGAAGGAGAAUCGGAACAGAAGAUUGUCAUUGUAACUUAAUGAUUUUUUUUCGUUUUAAUUUUUUAUUGUUUUAAACUGCCGUUCUCACAAUAAGAAA